CCAGAGCAAUAUUUUUAUUUGUUUUCCCCCCUCUUUCUUCCCAACCAAACGCUUCUUCUUCAUCUUCCCCAAAAUCCCUAAUCGCUCCCUUCCCUCAACGGUUUCGCGCCACCCACGCCACCGCGCAUCUCCUUAUUCUCCCCCUUCUCCGUCGCCGCCAGUUACGAGCUACUGAGUUUGUUUUUAGGAGUAUGAAGAAGGUGUAGUGCAGUGUUAUCAAAUAGCGGCUACCCUAUAGCGUAGUGGAUUUUUGACUAUCGCAACGCCGCCUAUUCGCCGCCAAAUAGCAGCCGAGAUAGCGGAUUUUUGGCUCACCGCGAUGGUCCGCGAUCGUGAUUUGAUAACACUGGUGUAGUGGAAUUGAAUCAUUCUUGGGGUUUUUGAAUCUACAUUGAAAGAAGGAUGUCGGGUGGGUUAAACUCGAGGCACCAUGUUGUAAUUCAAGCUCUAUUGUCACGAGGCCCGCUCAAGGAGAAGGAAUUACACUCCAUGUUUGAGGACAUCACCAAGAGAAACCCAGGCGCUGACCGUAAGCUAUUUGAUGCGUUUAUUCUGACCAUAAACAAAGCACUCACUUGUGCUAAUUUUGAGUUGCGUGGCUGCAUAGAUCAAUAUGAUGGGCAAGUUUAUUAUGGAGUGGUCAAUACUGUUUCUGAUGAACAAUCGAAGUUGGGAACGAAGUAUACUGUUCCGCAGAUUGCUUUCUAUAAGGCUGUUAUUGAAGCGAUCGUUCAAGAUGCCACUGCAAAUGGUUAUAUCUCCAGCAUUGGUGCUCUCAAUCUUAAUUUGGAUAGUCAGGUUACAGUUGCGACCGAUCCACAAUCUCAAGGAAGCCAAGCACUUGUCCCUCCUGCAUUGAAGAAUUUUGGCUUGUCUCAAAAGGAAAAAGCUCUAGAUGAACUUGUGAGAGACCGGUGGCUUCAUUUGACUACAGAUGGUAAUAUUAAACUUGGUGUGAAGUCAUUCCUUGAUCUUCGCAGUUGGUUUCUAAAUAAUGAGGUUCCAUCCUGUCAUGUUUGCAAUGAAGCUGGAAUAAAGGCAGAGUUAUGCCAAAAUGAAAGCUGUACUGUUCGAAUUCACCACUACUGCCUGAAGCAACUUUUCUCACAGAGAAAGGCUGCAAAAGUUUGCCCAAGUUGUAGCACUUCAUGGCCCUAUGUAGUACCCAAGGCUGAAGCACUACAUAUUGAAGAAGACAAUGAACCUCCUCAGGAAAGCCAACGAGCUACUAGUUCUAAAAGAAAGAAGCGCAGAGCCAAUAUAGUCAUUGAGGAUGAAGAUGUUGGAUCCAGCAAUCAGGAUGAGCUGAAUGGAUUGACAAGAAAAGCGAGUAGAGCACGUAGAGCUAACGUUGCAGAUACAGGAGGACCUAGUGCAUCUCAAUCUUCUGCAACUUCUGCUUUCAGAAGAGUUACUCGAAGAUCUAGUCAAAUGUAAAUCAGCUAUGGUGCCAUGUUGUACCAGGGAAUGCUAGGUGAAGCGAUAUAUAUUUUGCUGCUGAUGAUUUUUGCUGAGAUUCAUGGUUAUAUGAAUGAGCUUUUGUAUCGAUGCAGUUCGCUAGUAGUGAGUGACUAUUUUAAGCACCAUCUUGUUUUGUUAGAUUGACCUGUGGCUUGAAUGCCAACGUUUUAGCAAUCAAAAUACUAAUUUGUAAAUUUGUGUCAAUAUUAGUCAUGUCGAGGUAGAUGUAUCUUUUGAUAUGUAUGGUUUAGAAGUGUUUUGCUUCUUCAAUCAUGGCAUUAUUCUUUAACCAUAAAGUUUAUCAUGAGUCA